AUGGGAUGCAGCGGGGUGGGCGCACUGCAACCGGGCGGCAUAGAGAAGGGGGUGAGCCGUCUCGAAGCUCCGCUCUCCAUACUGAGCAGACCCCGGGCGGCCGAUGGACACGUCCCCGGGCAGGAUAAGGAUCGGCGGGGCGCUCGCUCGCUCGCUUCUCAGCGCGCAAUCUCACCAUCGGCGCGGCGCGCUCGGCCGCUCCGCUCCGGCCGGGCCGGGAGAUGCCAGAUGCUAUCUAGCGGGGCCAACGGGCGGGCAGCGCCGCCGCCCUGGGCUAGGCACGCUAGGGGUGGCCGCGGGGACCCCGGGCACUCGCCGCUCCGCCCUCUCUCCCGCGCCCCCAAGCCUGCCUUCCCGCCGCUUCUCCCCGGGGGACCCCCAUCCCGAUCGCCCCAGCCGCCCCCUCUCCCGGCCAGGCCCCGCUGCCCCCUGAAGCGCGGGUGGGGAGGCGCCCCUUCCCCCACCGGCUCCCCGGGCUCCCCCGGGCCGCGAUUGGCCGCGCGGGCGCCCCCACCCCCGGACCGCGAGCUCCAGCCGCCGCGCCAUUGGCUGCGGGGCUCCGCCAGCCUUUACAUAAGCCCGGGCGCGCUCGAGUGGAGUUGUAUAAAGCGGGCGAGCGGCGUCGGGGCGGGAGGCGCGAGGCGCAAGGCCAGCCCGGGACCCGGGCUACGGAGCUGGAAAGGCGGCGCGAGCGAGCGAGCGCCCGCGCUCCGGCGCCCCAGGCAGCGGGGCUGA